CUUUAUAUUGAUACGUUUCCUUAAUUGGAAUUCUUUUAGUUUGAAAGCUAAAAGCAAUUAUAAAACAAAACAAAACAAGAAACAAAAAAAAGUAGUAAACCUUUUAAAAAAAUGGAUUCAGACGACAUAUAAAUAAAAGAAUAUAGCAUAAAUAUACAAUAGAACUAAAUGUUAGCUAAUAGUAAACAAUGCAAAGAACAAAAUAUAGCAAUUUAUUAUGUGAGCAUAGUUGGACAUUGUGAUUUCAUUAAUAAUUAUAGGUGCAUGUACGUACUAUAAAAACUGUAGCAAAAAAUGGGGAGUUAUACCAGUGACAACAGUUAUUUUAUGGAUGAAUGUUCAAGUGAAAAUACUUCUCCAUUACACUAUCACACUCCCAAUCGUUCUACAACUGUAAAGUGUAGAUAUUUUAUGAAUAAUGGUUAUUGUUUUUAUGGAGAUGCUUGUCAGUUUCUUCAUAUUUCACCUACGAUGAGUAAUGGUACUACUCAUCAAAGACUAGAAGAAAUACACAAUUACAGCACUGAAGAUGAUUCUGCAUUUGUUGAUAACACUAUUACAUUGGCUUCAAAAAAAACUGUUCAAGAUAGCGAUCAAUCCAAAGUUUUUUUAUUUGAUGAUAUGAGACCAUCCAAUAAAGAAACACUAUCUGCUGAAAUGCUUCAGCAACAUUUUAGAAGAAUGCGACUAAUGCAAAAGGAUACAGACACUGAGUUACCUCCAAAAAAACAAAGCUGUUCACAAAAUCUUUCACCGCUUCAGUUUUCUGGAUACAAAUGUGAUAAAACUUCUUAUUUUAUGUCUCAACAAAUCCGAAUGGAGCUACAAAAACAAAGAUCAUUUUUGAUGGCAGAAUCAAAAGAACCAGGUCUUCCAGAAAACAUUGAAAAUUAUCAUAGCCUUUUACCUUUAGAAAACAUAAAAAAUCCUAAACAGGGUCAAAAGUUACUUGGAUAUGCAUCAUCUUGCUAUCGUGUGAUGAAUUCUAAGGAUGGUCUUCAUUACUGCAUGAGAAGAAUUCAUGGGUUUCGUCUUUUGAAUCCCAAAGCUGUCACAAGUGUAGAACAAUGGAAAAAAGUUGUUAAUUCAAAUAUUGUACAAUUAAAAGAAGCAUUUACAACAAAAGCAUUUGGUGACACAUCUCUUGUUUUUAUAUACAAUUAUUAUCCUGGAGCAGAAACUCUUAUGUCUCGUCACUUCUCUGGACCUGAGACUCGAAGUCCUACUUUAAUAGAUAUUAACUCUUGGUCUAUACAACAAAACUCAACAUCAUCUUCAUCAUCUUUAAAAAACAUAACUACCAAAAAAGCAACUCAAAAGGUAAUCCCUGAGAGGUUAAUCUGGAGCUAUGUAAUCCAACUGUCUGCAUCCAUUCGACAAAUACACAGCCAGGGCUUGUGUUGUAGAGUUAUUGACCCAUCAAAGAUUUUGCUUAUUGGGAAUUCAAGGUUGCGCUUGAACUGUUGUGGAAUUUUAGAUAUACUUACAUCAGAUGCAUCUGAUCCUACUACUCCCUCCUUAAUGUCACACUAUCAACAAGAAGAUCUGGUAUCUUUUGGUAAACUGAUUCUUGCACUUGCAUGUUAUACAGUUGAAGCUGUGCACAGGGACAAUAUGCAACUCUCACUUGAAUUUGUUGCAAGGCAUUAUUCUAAUGAUCUUAAAACACUAAUUUGGCAUUUAUUAAGUAGCCAAAUUACAUCAAAUCCUCAUAACAUUAAUGAAGUCAUGCCUGUUAUUGGAGCAAGAUUUUACAGCCAGCUUGAUUCGGCUCAAGCACGUUGUGAGCUAUUGGAAAAUGAACUUUCUAAGGAAUUAGAUAAUGGCAGAUUAUUAAGAAUACUUGCCAAGCUUGGAACAAUAUUAGAGAGAUCAGAAUUUAACAUGGAUCCGGAGUGGUCUGAAACAGGCGAUCGUUAUUUGCUGAAGCUUUUUCGUGAUUAUUUGUUUCAUCAAGUUACAGAAACUGGAAGUCCUUGGAUUGAUUUUGCGCAUAUUGUUUCUGUUUUAAACAAGUUGGAUUCAGGUUCUUCUGAGAGAAUUUGUUUGAGUUCAAGGGAUGAACAAUCUAUUUUAGUAGUUUCAUAUCAUGAUAUUAAAGCUUGUUUGGAAACAGCAUUUUCAGAACUAACUCAACCAUUGGAUGUGUCCUAACCUAAUAAGAAAUUUGUGUCGAUUCCUUCAAGCUUAUAAACUAAUAUUUAAAUGGACAUGUUUAUAAUUGUUUGUAAAUUUGUGUAUUUAUUCUUCUAUGGUGAAUAUAGAAUUUGAAAUAAGAA